UUAGAAAGAUUGUGCCAUGAAUGGUGAUACUCGGGCUGCUGUGGUGACUUCACCACCCCCGACCACAGCUCCUCACAAGGAGAGGUACUUCGACAGAGUGGAUGAGAACAACCCAGAAUACUUGCGGGAGAGGAACAUGGCACCGGACCUUCGCCAGGAUUUCAAUAUGAUGGAGCAGAAGAAGAGGGUGUCCAUGAUUCUGCAAAGUCCUGCUUUCUGUGAAGAACUGGAAUCAAUGAUACAAGAACAGUUCAGGAAGGGGAAGAAUCCUACAGGUCUGUUGGCGUUACAGCAGAUCGCAGACUUCAUGACAGCAAACGUGCCCAGCGUCUACCCAGCAGCUCCUCAGGGAGGGAUGGCUGCCUUAAACAUGAGUCUUGGUAUGGUGACCCCAGUGAAUGACCUCAGAGGUUCUGACUCCAUCGCGUAUGACAAAGGGGAGAAGUUGCUGCGGUGUAAACUGGCUGCCUUCUAUAGACUGGCCGACCUCUUCGGGUGGUCUCAGCUCAUCUACAACCACAUCACGACCAGAGUGAACUCCGAGCAGGAGCACUUCCUCAUUGUUCCUUUUGGGCUUCUUUACAGUGAAGUGACUGCGUCCAGCUUGGUUAAAAUAAAUCUACAAGGUGACAUAGUGGAUCGUGGAAGCACUAACCUCGGAGUCAAUCAGGCUGGCUUCACGCUGCACUCUGCCAUUUACGCCGCCCGGCCGGAUGUCAAGUGCAUUGUGCACAUCCACACGCCCGCUGGGGCCGCGGUGUCUGCAAUGAAGUGUGGCCUCCUGCCCAUCUCCCCGGAGGCUCUCUCCCUUGGAGAAGUGGCAUAUCACGACUAUCAUGGCAUUCUGGUUGAUGAGGAGGAGAAGGUGUUGAUUCAGAAGAAUCUGGGGCCUACGAGCAAGGUGCUUAUUCUGCGGAACCAUGGGCUUGUGUCUGUCGGAGAGAGCGUAGAGGAGGCCUUCUACUACAUCCAUAACCUGGUGGUGGCCUGCGAGAUCCAGGUUCGAACCCUGGCCAGCUCAGGAGGACCAGACAACUUAGUUCUGCUGGACCCUGGGAAGUACAAAGCCAGAUCCCGUUCCCCGGGACCCCCAGUGGGGGAAGGCAGCGGGUCACCUCCCAAGUGGCAGAUUGGGGAGCAGGAAUUUGAAGCUCUCAUGCGGAUGCUGGAUAAUCUGGGCUACAGAACUGGUUACCCUUAUCGAUACCCUGCUCUGAGAGAGAAAUCUAAAAAAUACAGCGAUGUGGAGGUUCCUGCGAGUGUCACAGGCUACUCCUUCGCCAGUGACGGUGACUCAGGCACUUGCUCCCCUCUCAGACACAGUUUUCAGAAGCAGCAGCGGGAGAAGACAAGGUGGCUGAACUCUGGCCGGCCUGAGGAAGCUUCAGAGGAAGGGCAGAAUGGAAGCAGCCCCAAGUCGAAGACUAAGGUGUGGACGAACAUUACACACGAUCACGUGAAACCCUUGCUGCAGUCUCUCUCGUCCGGUGUCUGCGUGCCAAGCUGUAUUACCAACUGCUUGUGGACUAAGGAGGAUGGACAUAGAACUUCCACCUCUGCCGUCCCUAACCUGUUUGUUCCAUUGAACACUAACCCCAAAGAGGUCCAGGAGAUGAGGAACAAGAUCCGAGAGCAGAACUUGCAGGACAUUAAGACGGCCGGCCCCCAGUCCCAGGUUUUGUGUGGUGUAGUGAUGGACAGGAGCCUUGUCCAGGGGGAGCUGGUGACGGCUUCCAAGGCCAUCAUUGAGAAGGAGUACCAGCCGCAUGUCAUCGUGAGCACCGCGGGCCCCAACCCCUUCCAUGCGCUCACCGACCGAGAGCUGGAGGAGUACCGCAAGGAGGUGGAGCGCAAGCAGAAAGGGGAAGGCGAAGAAACUAUGGAUGACUCUAGAGAACAGAAAGAAAAGAGUCUUCCAGACCAGCCAGCCGUGCCCCACACACCCCCCAGCACCCCUGUCAAGCUGGAGGAAGACCUCCCACAGGAGCCGCCCUCUGCAGACGACAGUGACGCUGCCACCUUCAAGCCGACACUCCCUGAUCUGUCCCCUGACGAGCCUUCAGAAGCACUGGGCUUCCCCCCAGUGGAGGAGGAGGAGGAGGAGGAGGCCCCUGGCCCCCUUGCGCGCCCCCAGGCCCCUGCCGCAGCAGAGCCAGAGCCAGCCUCAGCCGCGGUGGCUGAAGAGGUAGCCUCCCCAGCUGCUGAGGAGGGGUCUGCUGCAGACCCUGGAAGUGACGGGUCCCCAGGCAAGUCCCCGUCCAAGAAGAAGAAGAAGUUCCGCACACCCUCCUUCCUGAAGAAGAGCAAGAAGCGUGACCCCUGAAGGCCCCGCGCAGACCACAGUCCUGUCUGCAGCGACUCUGGCUCCACCAGGGUCCUGAUCGCGUGUCCUGUUCUGUCCUCUUGUGUAAUGGAAUGCAAAAAUCCAAGCCCUCGUGUAGCUAGAGCCCUACCCCAUUCAACCAGCCCCCGCAGAGCGGUGCUACGAGUGUCCCUCAGCCUGGGAGCGGCUCUGCUCGGUGCUGUGAGCUGUGUUCUCCUGAGGGGGGUCCAUUAUGGCACUGGUGGCAGGUUCCAGAGGCCUCGCCCCCUGGUUACAGGUGCGCCCUCCUGAGCCCCUCACCCUUACUCCUUGUGAUGUAACUCGUCCUGUCCCUGCUCGGCUCUCCAGCCCAGGUGUCUCAGGUGACUGAAUCUGACUCGUGGCUUCCGCUGGCUCAGUGAUCCCCUUUAUCCCGCACACGGCCCCGUCCUGUGGAUGCUCUCGCAUGCCCACCACGGCCUGGGCCCGUGGCUCCCUGCAGAGCUGGGCUCGGGCUGUAGCUGGCCUGAACCCAGUCACGCGGCCCGUGUGCGCCCAGCGCAAUGCUAUGCAUGGUCUCACUGGUGACCCCGACCAGAACCAGAUUCAGGAGCUCCCGAGACCUUGCUCACAGGUCUCUGUGAUCCUUUCACAGGGGAGGGAUUCCAGGAGGGAAAAGUCCUUUCUAGAAUUUUCUUUCAGCAGGUUUGCCUUUCAGCCUCAUUUUGACUGUGACUAUGAACAGGUUGCGUUUUUGUUAGUUUUCUCUCUAGAGCCUGCGGCAGACCGCAGUGGAGCACUGGUCACCUGGUUUGUGGGUUUUGGAAUGGAGUGGGGACUGUCCCCACCUUACCUCAGCCGGAGGGCACUGUGGUUGUGAUGAACGGAACUCCAGGUGGAAGUUGGUCUCAGUGUCCCUCCCAGCACAGUACAAUCUAUGAAGCCUGCACCUUCUCCCCUGACAGUGCUGGGACGUUCCUGCGGGAGUGGGCAGGUGACCUGUUUGAGGGCCUGCCAUGGCCGGGGGGAGCCUGUGGGGCUCCAGAUGCAUCGCACAGGGUCAGCCCCCGGGAGACGGUGUCAGGAGGCGGGCUCGGGUCUUGGCACGGCUCCCACUAAUGGAACACCGGGCAGAACUGAGCCAGUGGCAGGCUCUGCACUGCCUGUCAGUGCCACACGGUGGUAGGACGCUCCCUGCCCUGCCCCUGACUCUCACCCUCCUGCCCCUCCUGUAUCCCACAUAUGCAGUGACCUUAAUUUUCACUUUUGUAGUCUAAUUCUUUGUAUUACAACAUGAAAUAUAGUUGCAUAUAUGGACCAGACUUGGAGGACAGGUCCUGGAUGUCCUUUCUUCAUUGUAACAUGUUUUACUCACAAAUAAAACUCUUUAAGCAGUU